AUGAUAACAUACAUUGUAUUUAUUUUAAGUAUUAUUUUUGUGCUUGGUUUUGUAGGAUUUUCUUCAAAACCUUCGCCUAUUUAUGGGGGAUUAGGUUUAAUUGUGAGUGGUGGGGUUGGUUGUGGAAUUGUAUUAAAUUUUGGUGGGUCUUUCUUAGGUUUGAUAGUUUUUUUAAUUUAUUUAGGAGGAAUAAUAGUGGUUUUUGGUUAUACAACGGCUAUGGCUACAGAGCAGUAUCCUGAGAUUUGGGUGUCUAAUAAAACCGUUUUAGGAGCAUUCAUAACUGGCUUGCUAAUAGAAGCUGUGAUGGUUUGUUAUGUGUUGAAAGAUAAAGAAGUAGAAGUUGUAUUUCAGUUUAAUGGUCUUGGGGAUUGA